UCCAAGAUUUCUUUUAAUGGUGAAACAGUAAUGCAAACAACAAUGACUGGAGAACUUAAAGAACAGUGGGUUUCCCGUGUGAUCAGUUAUUCAUCACAGUAUAACAGUGGGAAUUGGGCAGCUGAUAGUAUAAUAGGUAAACCUCGAGUAUACCCAAAAUAUGGUGAUAUUCCUGGAGCAUGGGCCCAAGGACAAAAAGAUUCAAAACAGUUUAUUGAGGUGGAAUUUGAACAAGAAAUCUACAUACAAAAGAUAGAAAUAUAUGAAACCUACCAUGCUGGGGCUGUAAAAUCAAUUUCUGCUAGGAAACCAAACAAUAAUUAUGAAGUUAUAUGGAACACAAAAUCAGUUACUAACAUGAACUGCAGCAGAAUAUUUUCACCAGAUUUAAAGAGACUUUCAUUUCUAUGUAAGGUUUUGAGGAUUAAUAUAGACUGUACAGCAUCAAAAUCAUGGGUGGAAAUUGAUGCUAUAAAAAUUACUGGAACAGUACCAUAUCCUCACAACCAGACAGCACCUUCGCCAGUUAUCAAUAACCAGCCAGAGCAUAACCCAAACAAUGUUGACCAGUGGGUAUCCAGAGUUGUUAACUAUUCUUCCCAAUAUGAUGAUAACUCCUGGCCUGCAUCUUGUAUUGCUGGAGAACCAAGAGUCUAUCCAAAGUAUGGUGAUAUAUCAGGAUCAUGGGCCCAGGGGACCUUAGAUGCUAAUCAGUUUGUUGAGGUAGAAUUUGCAGAAAAGAUUUUCAUAGAAAAAAUAGAUAUUUAUGAGACAUAUCAUGCAGGAGCAGUGAAGAAAAUUUUAGCCAAACGUCCAAAUGGAGAGUGGUGUACGGUGUGGGAGACAACAAGGGCAUUCUGUCAGAACAGCAGUAGGAUAUUUUCACCAUCAUUUCAGAAAUUGAAUUUUCGAUGUAACGCACUGAGAAUUAAUGUUGAUUGUACUGUAUCUGGAUCAUGGGUGGAAAUUGAUGCCAUCAAAAUCUCAGGAACUAAGUUCAAUUUUGACAUCCCACCAGCACCAAAUGAUAUCACGAAUGAUUUAGCCAAACUUGUCAAUAGUUCAGUGUUUAGUGAUAUCCAGUUUGAUGUAAAUGGAGUUAAAUUCCUUGCUCACAGAGCCAUCUUGUGUAUCAGAUCUGAGUACUUCAGGGCUAUGAUUCAUUUUGAAGAAAAUGGUUCAAGGGCUCAUGGACAAGGAACAACACAACCAACUGCCCCUCCCCUGCCAUCUGAAGAAGUGUAUCAACCUGAACAGAUGUGUAAUGCACUUCCAUCGUAUGACUCUGUAACUCAAUACCAACCUGAGAUGCCCUCAGGACCAGUGUCUGGACAAGUGCCUGGACCAGCUCAAUAUUACAACCAACAACAAACCCAGGCUCAGUCACCAAUAAAACUGAAGGAUGUUGAGCCAGGAGUAUUUGCUGUUGUAUUACAUUAUGUAUACACAAACAGAAUUCGACCAUUUUGUUCACCACAUGUUCUACCACAUGUCUGGAGAAUUGCUGAUAGAUUUGCUAUGGAUGGUUUAAAGGCGCUGGCUAUCUUACAACUGAAUACUUCAUUAACAAUAGACAAUGUUAUAGAUAUUUAUCAAAAUGUGAUAUACGGACUUCCUGUUAGUGAUAACAUGAAAGAUGUGUGUGAACUUUUUAUGCAGAAUCAUAUGGCAGAGGUUGUUAGACAUAGAACGUUUAUGAAUUUAAACAAAAAACUUGUGGCAGAAUUAACAAGGAAAAUGGUUAAAACUGGGAAAUAAAUUGAUAGGCAUAGCGAAGAAUGUUAAACAAUGUAACAAGAUAUUUAUAAGAUAGAAUUAGUAAGAUUCUUAUUAAAAUAAAUUAAAUGAAGUUAAGUAUUUGAGAGAUUAGUCUUGGAUAAAAUGACUUAAGUUAAGGGAUAACACUUCUAAACCAGGAGUAAGGCUUUGAGAGAUUCUGAUGAAUCUAUUGAGUUAAAGAUAUACAAAGCAGUUUUCAUCACUAUAAAACUAUUGAAGCUGUAAAGACAAUUACUAUAUAGAAUACAGAAAUUGAUGUUAAUAUGACACUUACAUGUAAUUACAGAUGCUGUAAGACAAAUUAACAUAUAAUUUAACGAUCAAAAGUAGCAGAUGUAGAUAAUGUGGGCAUUAGAUUGAAUUAGUACUUGAUAUUGAUACAUCAUAGAAGUUACCAUUCAAUUGUCAAUCAAAUAAGUCAUUAAUCAUUUCUACAGUAUGAUCAAAAGGAAAAUAUUUGUUUUCUUUUAUUGGUUUUCUGAUUUUUUUCUAUAAUUUUCUAUUUAAGAUGGGUUUAAUAUUUUUGCCCUACUGUGGAUUCAUUUAUUUUUGUUGAAACCAAUUUUCGUGGACUGAGGAAAAAUUGUAUUUUCGUAGAUAUUUGAUUUUGUUUUUUUGCCAAAGUCUGCAUACAAGUCUAUAGAAACUUAUACUUUGUUGAAUGUUGAAAGUCAUGGUUCACCUAUACCCACGAAAUCCACAAAAAUUAGUAUCCCACGAAUAAUUAAGAAUCUGCAAUAUUUCACUUUUGACAAGAAAAUUGAUCAUCCUGAAAAUGUAUGAAAUAUUUGUGAUUGGAAAUUAUGCAGUCAAUGAACAUUCAAUCAAUCAAGAUCAUUUAAACUAAUUUUCUUUCUUAGUUUUUGCCUAUAUAGAGGGUUUACCCAUUUACAUUGAACUACAAAAAUAUUACAGUAAACAA